AUGGCAUCUUAUAAGGCCAACCCAAAUGGGCAUUGCCGUCUGUGCACGGACAAAAACGCCAAAGAAGAUAUUGUCGCAUGCGAUGAAUGCGAUCGGUGGUUCCACAUUUCAUGUGUGGGACUCACAUAUCUACCUAAAAAAGAGGAAAGGUGGAUAUGCCCUAAGUGCAUGAGCACGGAAAAGAUAUUAAUGGAACUGAAGGUCAAAGUAAAACAAUCAGUCUCCGGAAAUAGCUUGCAAGAAAUCCUACAAGAGAACAGAGCGGCAAUGGAAGCUCUGGUGAAGUCCAUGAGGACAGUAAAUUUAGAAUCAAAACCAAGCACUUCAAAUCAAAUUGAAAGUAGCGAUGGUCAAGAACAGGAGGCAGAACCAGAAUGGACUGUCUACCUGAAACGGCAGGCAUUGAUGAGCUUGCCAAGGUUUGGAGGCGCGGCACGAGAAUGGCCGAAAUUUAAAAAAGCCUUUGAUGAGACCACAAAACAAGGUCAAUUUAACAGGCUUGAAAAUUUGAAUCGCCUGCAAACAGUGCUGUACGGAAACGCAGAGAGGAGCGUCCGACAGCUAAUGAUGGAUCCAAAUAAUAUGGAUCAAAUCAUCGAUAGACUAGAAGAUAAUUUCGGAAGACCCGAACUAGUCUACAAAGAAUUAUUGACCGAACUCACCAACAUUAAAAGGGAGAGUCGGAAUUUGAUUACCGAGAUAUCCGAAGCUUUGGAUAAUCUCGUCUGUAAUGUGUCUCUGAUGGACAGAGAAGAGUAUUUGAUUGACCACAGACUCGUGGAAGAUAUCAUCAGAAAAAUUCCCUACGGUCUACAGGUGAAGUGGACCGAAGAGAUGUAUGACGGGGCAAAGACUUUAGCUGAUCUCAAUGAGUGGCUGAAGCCUCAUUCAAGAACCAAUAGACUGCUGAAUGGAACCAGUAGGCCGCAGCCGCGAGAAAUAAGUAGACCGCAGCCGCGAGAACUAAGGCCUGAGCGUAGAGUUAAUAUAAAUACGCAUCAGGAGAACCGGCCAACAAACCAACGAAAAUGUGAAGCAUGUCGAGGGAAUCAUAAACUCCUCGAAUGCACAAGAUUCAAGGCUAUGAAGCCUGAAAAAAGAAAUGAAUUAGCCUUUAAGGAAAAGGUAUGCUUGAGCUGCCUCGCAUUCACAAAUCACAUGAUGCGAGACUGCAAAAGAGCAAAACAAUGUGGAAUUAAUGGAUGUAAGUUCAAACAUCAUCCAUUGAUUCAUAAAUCUCAAGAGAGAAAUACAAGUGGUCAAAAUGAAUCGGAAGGACGAAGUAGUCCAAAUACACAAGAGGGUGAGAUACACAAUCACCAACAAAUAACAAAAUCCAACGUAUUCUACCAAAUAGUUCCUGUGACGCUGAAAAAUAAUGACAAAAUCAUCAACACGUUCGCUUUCUUGGAUGCGGGGUCAUCACUCUCUCUAAUAGACGAGGAGAUUGCGAACAAGUUAGGGCUCAACGGAAGAAUUGAUCCGUUCAUACUAAAAUGGACGCAGAACGUCACGAGAAACGAACAGAACAGCCGUAGAGUUCAGGUACGAAUCAACGGCAACAAUGAAAAAGAAUACGUCAUGAAAGGAGUGAGAACGAUAAAGAAUCUCCAACUCCCAGAGCAAAGCUUCAACAAGGAGGUGAUGGAGAAAAGGUAUCCAUACCUCAAGAAUCUGCCGUUGAGCAGUUACAGCAGUAUACGCCCGACAAUAUUGAUUGGACUGAGUCACAGUCACUUGUUGAUUCCAUUCGAAAGGCGAAUGAGAAAACCGAACAAGCCCACAGCGCUACGAACCAAACUUGGAUGGUUCAUGUUCGGCAACAUAUCGUCCAACGUGCAAGGCGGACACAUCAUGGUCAUUCAGCAAGAAGAAGACAUGAACAAGGCUUUGCAUAAAUAUUUCUCCACCGAAGACUUCGGUGUGAAAUUAUUCAAGAAUCUACCAAAAUCAGCUGAGGAAGAAAAGGCUGAACAAAUAUUAAAAAGUACUAUGAAAUACAAGGAUGGUAGAUACGAAGUUGGACUGCUAUGGAAAGAUGAGGAAACGAAAUUUCCAAACAGCUACAACAAUGCAGCAAAAAGGCUGACAACCAGUGAGAGAAUGUUAAAGAAAGACCCAGAGUUGAAAAAAUGGGCAAUAGAAACAUUUGCGGAUUACGAGAAGAAAGGCUACAUCCGCAAACUGUCAGAGGAAGAAAUUAUGAAGCCGGUACCAAGAGUGUAUUAUCUUCCACACUUUAUUGUGCACAACAAAAAUAAGUUGCCACCUAAGCCAAGGUUGGUUUUCGAUGCAGCGGCAAAGAUACAAGGUGUAUCGUUCAACACGGAACUGUUAUCAGGGCCGGAUGCUACUACGUCAUUGUUCGGCGUUUUAGUAAGAUUCCGAGAAGGAGCAAUUGCUGUAUGUGGAGACAUCAAAGAGAUGUUCCAUCAAGUACGAAUCCGAGCUGAAGAUCAACACGCUCAGAGAUUCUUAUGGAGAGAUUGUGAUAGCAGCAAGAAACCUGAUAUAUACGUUAUGCAGGUGAUGACAUUCGGAUCAACCUGUUCACCGUCAUGUGCACAAGCGGUUAAAAACCACAACGCAGAAAAAUUCAGGAAAUAUUGUCCAGUGGCGACCGAAGCAAUCAUAAAGCAACACUACGUCGACGAUUAUCUGGAUAGUUUUGAAGAGCUCGAUAAGGCAGCAGAAAUAGUACUACAUGUUAUGAAAAUUCACGAUCACGCGGGUUUCCACAUCAGAAACUUUGUGUCAAACAGCAGAAAACUUCUUCAAAGUUUACCCUCGGAACGUGUACAAAUUUCCGGAAUCAAAAUGUUCGAAGAAAAGGAUUCAAUGACCGAAAAGGUACUUGGUGUAUAUUGGAACACCACAUCUGACACACUCGGCUAUCAAAUCAAAUUAGACAAGCUAGGAAGUGAUGUUACACAAAUGCUACGUUUACCAACAAAGAGAGAGGUACUAGCCUUCGUGAUGAGUGUCUACGAUCCACUUGGACUCAUAUAA